CGUGAACCCCUUCACUCUCGGCCUAACCUAACCACCUCGCCCAACCUUAGCCCCACAACCACAAACCUCCAGACCCAACCAAAACAAAAAAUAAAGAAAAAAGAAAUAAAGAAAAAAAUCAAACCCAGGGCUCUCCUCCUUCUGUUACUCUAAAAAAAUUUGUCUAAUGGCCUCCGAGCAAGACGACACCGUUUCCUUUCCUGAAGAAGACCUCGACGACGAUGACGACGAAUUAUCCGACGACGACGAUGACGACGACGACGAAAUCGAAAUCGAAAACGAGAACGAGACGGAUGACGUCAUCAAUUCAGCCUCCCCCUCCACCUCAUCGCCUGCUGCCGACGCAGUAACCGUCGCGGUGCCGGCCUCCUCGGUCCCCAACGGCCGCCUGCCGAUUGCCACGUCGGCAAUCGCCACCACCAUGACGAUCGCCACCUCCUCCUCCUCUAUGCCUUCACCUAAACGAGAACGUGCCGAAGCCGAGGAGAAAAAGCCCCAGCCCCAACCAAUCGACGACUCUCGCAGGCUUUUCCAGCGGCUUUGGACCGACGAGGACGAGAUCGAGCUCCUCCAGGGCUUCCUCGACUACACGACGUCUCGGGGUUCCACGCACCACAACGACACCGCUUUGUUCUACGACCAGAUCAAGUCAAAGCUCCAGCUUGACUUCAACAAGAACCAGCUCGUCGAGAAGCUUCGCCGUUUGAAGAAGAAGUACCGCAACGUCGUCGGCAAGAUCACCGCCGGCAAGGACUUCUCCUUCAAGAGCCCCCACGACCAGGCCACCUUCGAAAUCUCCCGCAAGAUCUGGAGCAACGCAGACAACGCCACCGGCCGCCUUGCCGUCGACGACGUCGUCUUCGACGACGAAGAUCCCAACCUCAAAAACCCUAACUUUACCGAAGAAAUAGGCGAGAAGAAGCCGAAUUUGACCCCGAAGUCGCGCAAGCGGCCCCGAUCAGCGACUCGCAGCGAAGAGAAGCGAAUUCCGACGCCAACAGAUAACAAAACUAACAGCAAUGACAAUACUAAUACUAGCAAUUUGGGGAACAUGAUCGAAGAGACGGUGAGGAGCUGCUUGUCGCCGCUGUUCAAGGAGCUGCUGAGCAAUGCGAUGGGAAUUGGGGGAAGAGGAGUUGGAAUUGGGUACGGGGGAUUGGGGAUGAACGCGAUGGCGAUGAAUGCGAUGCCCCUGAGUUUCGGCGGAGUGGAAGUGGCGGCGGUGGACGAGCGGUGGAGGAAGCAGCAGAUUCUGGAGCUGGAGGUGUACGCCAAGCGGCUGGAGUUGGUGCAGGAUCAGAUUCGGGCGGCCCUGGAGGAGUUGCGGUCCACGGGACGGUGAUUGGUUGAUUCUAAUCUAUGGGUGCGUUGUAGUAAGUGGGCUGGCUUUUUAUUUAUUUAUUUUAAUUUUAUAAUUCGAUGAAUAUUUGUUGGUGUUCUUGAUAGCGUAGAGUAAUUGCUUUUUGGGUUUAUACUUUUCUGGUGAUUUCGAUACAAACACUUGUUGAAUAAUCAUAUCUAGUAGUUGUUUAGUGUUU